CAUCAUAAUGGCCCAACUCUCGCUAUUUUUAAUAUAUGCAGAUAUAACAUAGCAGCAGGAAUUUGCAUAAUGGUGACACGUCUGUGUUUUGAAUAAAAAAGGACAAUUUCAACCAAUUUUCUUAACAAACGAUUUGAAUCUGUAACGGAAAUCGAAUGCUUCGGCGACGUAGCGGUGUGAAGUUGCCACAAAGAUGGCGUCGCGUCACUCACACCGAGUCAAGUUGCGCGCUCUAACCAAACGCACGUGCCCGUGCGUCUCAGAGUCACAAGAUGGCGAAAGAGAGUUUGCAGCUGAACUUUAAGCACGUGCAAACAGACAACAGCUUAUCGGACUUGGAAAAGGAGCAAAAGAUUAUCGACAGGGCGCCUUUCGUUAAGCUCAAGAUCCGAGAUGCCAAAAUUUUAGAUUCCAUUCAGGGCAGAGAGAUUUGCGACAAGUGUUAUAAAUCGCGGAAAUUUUUUUGUUACUCUUGUUGCACACCUGUUAUCGACGAACGAUAUAUACCCCGAGUUAAGUUGCCAAUAAAAAUUGAUAUUAUAAAACACCCUCGGGAAAUCGAUGGCAAGAGUACGGCGAUCCACGCGGCAUUAAUAGCCCCAGAAGAUGUACGAAUAUACACAUAUCCAGAGUUUCCAGAAAUUUUGGUGGACGACAAGGUAGUGUUGAUCUUCCCAAGUAAAACGGCAUGCAGUAUAGAAGAUUUGUUCACAAGGAAAGUCGACAAUGGAGGUCACUCAAAGGAACAGAAAAUACAUAACGAAUUUCCAAUAACCCGGGCAAUUUUCAUCGAUAGUACCUGGCAUCAGACCAAGUCUAUUUACAAGGAUCCAAGACUUAGAGAACUGGAUUGCGUUGUUUUGAAAUCCCGUAUUUCCCAAUUCUGGAGGCACCAGAAAUCGAGUCCAAGAUGGUACCUGGCCACGAUAGAAGCUAUCCAUCAAUUCUUAGUCGAGCUACAUACGAACGCGUUCGGCGCGCUCGAAAAUUAUUCUGCCGAGCCUCUUGAAGCAGUUGAGGCGGAAAAUCCAACUGACGAUAUUGCGGAUAGUUUUCUUACGCAUAAAUACUCCGGACAAUACGACAAUUUGUUAUAUUUCUUUAAGUACAUGUACGAAAAGAUUCACAGUAUUUACGAUCAUGAUAAGUUGUGGGCCUACAAACGGCCACUCAUAUAAAGAGAUAUGAUUAGGUUACCAUUAAUCUGUUUGCUAUACCAUCACGUAUUUUAUAGUACAAUAUUUAAAUAGAAAAACAACUAGGUAAUGAAGAUAGAAGGAGUCGGGUUUCCUUUAUCUCCUGAUAAGAUGGUCAUAAACUUUGUCGAUGAAAUGAUGUAUUUUAGUUAGCCGCUAGUACCAAACAUCAAAGUGUAGCAAAAUUAAAUUGUUGUAAUUCAAUAUCAAUUGAACAAGCCGGACUCCGCAAGCGUAUUCGCGUAGAGGAGUUUACGACUACACUUGUUUCUUGUCAGAAGGACGAUUUCUGCAUACAAUAAUAUCCUUGAAUAUAGUUUAUUGUAUACAUGUAUUAAUGAAAAUAUAUACAAGACACACGGUUGCUUAUUACGAGACAGCGUAAUUACAUGAUAUAUAUAUAAUAUAUAUUUAUGUAUAAUAUAUUGGUAUAAUAUUAAAUAAUAUUAUGUAAUCUAAAUCAACGUAUGGUUAUCAUAACGGUAGUUAUUAGAUAUUACUGUUCUAUAAUCUACACAAUAUGGCCAAUGCAAGACAUAAUCGGACAGUCCAUGGGAGAGUCGUAUUAUCAAUGUAAUACGGUAUCAUAUAAGGUUCACCUUUAAUGUUCAACAAUUACUUAAGUUACACGUGUUUCGAAAAAAAGAGAAAAAAAAAAAUGCAAACGCCAUAAAAACAUAUUUGUUUAUCGUACACAUUGAACGGAAAAAAAGGAAUCAGUCUUGCCUCGAGUCAUUCAGAUUUGGUUCCCAUAUCGAAAAUCGAAUUUUUAUUUUUUUUUAUUUUAUCUUUACCCCUAUCCUACGACUAUAUUCUUGUUACAUAUUUUUGAUAUGAAAAUAAGCUAAUACAGUGCACUCUGUCAAUAGGGCCGCUUCCCGCUUUCGUACACUGUUGCUGUCCCCCACUCCCUGGCCCAAGUUUAUAUUUAAAGCACAACUCUCUCAAUAGGGCCGCGCCGAAAAUGCGAUGGUUCUGUCAUUUCUAUUACCACAUAAAUGAACUUAUUCCCCAUUGAAAUACGUAAUCUUUUACAUAGAAGGUUUACAUGAAUAAUUAUGUAUAAGAAAAAAAAGAUGUGUUAAU